GUCUUUCAAUUGCCGCCAACCGGUUUGCUUCGGCUCGUUUUUUCUGUUCUUCCGUGAGAACCAUGGCAUCCCGAGUGAAAAGACGGCAGAGCACAGUCUCUAUUACGAGUUUCAAGUUUUUGAGCGCGGAAAGACUGAGACUGGUAGUGUCACCCUCAAGCAGUUAUCCUCUUCCAUGGUGAGCGAACAAAGAGUAGCUGCAAAACAUAGGCCCGGGCACUAAAAAGAUGAUGUUUUUGGCCUCAGAUGCCUUCACAGGAAGAAUGUCAGAGAACAAGCAGCCUUGAAGAUUAAAAUGGUAACAAGUUGAUGACUGGGGUUUAUGCGCGCAUGGCUGCGUGUAUUAUGUAUGUCUUGAUUCUUGCUUCUUCUAGAGGCUGCUUCUGAAGAAUGUUUGCUUCGAUUCUAUUCAUCUUCUGUUUAAAAGCUGAAUCGUUUAUAAGCAAUGUGAAAAGGCCCAUUUCCCAGAUCCAAUUCUUAAUCAAAGAGGCUGCACUUUCAGGAUGGAAAAUAGGCUCAAGCAAAGGAGCAAAAGGAAGGGUUUGUGAGGCCAGUUGCUGAGGAUGAACGUAUAAUUAGAGAUGACAAGCAUGAAACUGCAGUUGCAGCCGCAGCAUUGGCCAUUUACUCGCUAGAACAGGAAGAGUUGCUUAAUUUGCAAAAGAUGAAAGAAGGCCAUAAAUCUUCAAGGUCUCAGACUAUGAGAAGAAAAGAAGAAAGCAUAACUAGGAGGCCAAGUUAUGGAGGAAGUCCGAAGAAAAAGUCACUUAGAGAGGAUCAUGAAGGUGCGUUUCCUGUUAGAAUUUUAAGGGCAGGACAAUCUCCAAGUCCUCCAAAUCAAGCAGCAAGACAUCAAGAACAAAAAGAAAGUCACACUCCCUGGCAACAAAAUAAUGUCAACACCAGAGCAGAAUCUUGGAAAUUGGCCGAGAUUCAAAAGCGAUAUGAGAAGAUAAAGUUUAAGAUUCUUCUAUGGGAGGGUGAGAAGAAGAUGCAGGCCAUAUUUCAAAAGGACAGGAAGAAGAACGAACUGGACCAGAAAAGAGCAAUGGCAAUGCAGCAUUACCAGUACAAGUUAGCAAGGAUAAAUAGAAUAGCACAAAGAGCAAGGGCAAAGUUGGAAGACAAAAGAAGAAAGGAAGAGUCUAAGGUUAAAGAAAAAGCAAACAAGAUCAUAAAAGCAGGCAGGCUCCCAAUAAAAUGUUGCUGCUUCAAAUUCUUAAUGGGAAGAAAAUAGGCUAGGAGAUUCUUAGUGAUGAUUCAGAACAGCUUAAUUUCCAUUCAUUAAUUUAGAAAUAACAAUAUACACAUCAGAGAGUAGUUGUACUGUGAUUCUCAUAUUGUGCCGGAGUUGUUCAAAUAUCAUAUCUGAUGUAAUGGCAACCUACACAAAAUAACGUUCUUUCAUUAAUGCAUUUUUACUUGAUCAAGGAUAUGGAAAAUAUCAAAG